GCACUUCCGCCUCGGGAACGCCAGGCCUCUACCGUUGUUCGGUCCGGGAGGAAGGACUGAGUCACCCCGCUAGUGCCUGGGGAUGUCCCCAGCAGUUCAUCCGGAGACAGACAGAGUCCUGCUGUCCCACCGCAUCCUUUGCUUCACCCCUGGAUGCGGAGAGGGCAGGAAGGAGGGCUUGGCUUCUCACAGCGCAGCCCCAGCUACACGAAAAAGAGACUCCUGGUUCUUAGAACUUUCCAUCUACUCAUUUAAUCCUUGGAACAACCCUGUGAGUUAUGCCUUCUCAGGACUCUGACCUUCCCUUGAAGGAGCAGGAGAGAAUGACCAAGUUUCAGGAGGCAGUGACCUUCAAGGACGUGGCUGUGGUCUUCACUGAGGAGGAGCUGGGACUGCUGGACUCCGCCCAGAGGCAGCUGUACCGAGACGUGAUGCUGGAGAACUUCAGGAACCUGCUCUCUGUGGGACAUCUUCCCUUCAAACCAGAUAUGGCAUCCCAGUUGGAGGCAGAAGAAAAGCUUUGGAUGAUGGAACGAGACACCCAGAGAAAUGGGUAUUCCAGUGAGAACUGUGUGGCUGUUCUUUCAGGCAGCAAGAAUCAAAAUGAGAUGGAGACUCUUCAAAAAGUUGCAUUAAAAUACUUUUCGCAUGAAGAGCUAUCCUGCUGGCAAAUCUGGAAACAGGUUGCAAGUGAUUUAACCAGGUGUCUUCAGAGGAAGAGGUCUCAGUUACUACAAGGCAACUCUAUUCAGGUUUCUGAAAACGGGAACGAUACAAUAAACCAUAAAGGAGAUAGCUCCAGUUACAUUGAAAACCAAGAGUUUUCCAUUUUGAGAACCCAAGAUUCUUGGGGGAAUAUAUAUCUGAGUGAGUCACAGAAUCGGAGUAGAGGUAAACAAAUCAACAUGAAGAAUAACCCAUAUGUAUGUGAAGCCUUCAUGAAGAAAUGGUCACUUAGUGAUCAUAUUAAAACUGACACAGAACAGAAACCCUACAAAUGUAAUGAAUGUGGCAAAAGCAUUAGUGAUGGCUUCAGUCAGCAUUUACCUGUAGGAGAGAAACUCCAUCCAUGUAGUGAGGGCGGGAAGGGCUUCAGUUACAGCCCAGUGCUUCCAGUUCAUCAGCAUGUCCACCCAGGAGAGAGAUGUUCCAGUCAGAGCACACAUCUGCAGACUCUUCAGAGAGCUUACCCGGGAGAGAAUCUCGAUAAAUGUCACGACGCUGGUGAUUGCUUCAACAAGAGCUCUUUUCACUCUCAUCAGUCUCAUCACACAGGAGAGAAGGCCUAUCGAUGUGACAGUUGUGGCAAGGGCUUCAGUAGCAGCACAGGUCUCAUCAUUCAUUAUAGAACUCACACUGGGGAGAAGCCUUACAAAUGUGAAGAGUGUGGGAAAUGCUUUAGUCAGAGCUCAAACUUUCAGUGCCAUCAGAGAGUCCACACCGAAGAAAAACCAUACAAAUGUGAAGAGUGUGGGAAGGGCUUUGGCUGGAGUGUUAAUCUUCGUGUUCAUCAGAGGGUCCACAGGGGUGAGAAACCCUAUAAAUGUGAAGAGUGUGGGAAGGGCUUCACGCAGGCUGCACAUUAUCACAUCCAUCAGAGGAUCCAUACGGGGGAGAAACCUUACAAAUGCGACGUCUGUGGGAAGGGCUUCAGUCACAAUUCACCGUUAAUAUGCCACCGGAGAGUCCACACCGGAGAGAAACCAUACAAAUGUGAGGCGUGUGGGAAAGGCUUUACCCGUAACACAGAUCUUCAUAUCCAUUUCAGAGUUCACACAGGAGAGAAACCCUACAAAUGUAAGGAGUGUGGGAAGGGCUUCAGUCAGGCUUCAAAUCUUCAAGUCCAUCAGAAUGUCCACACUGGGGAGAGACGAUUCAAAUGUGAAACGUGUGGGAAGGGCUUUAGUCAGUCAUCAAAGCUGCAGACCCAUCAGAGAGUCCACACUGGAGAGAAACCCUACAAAUGUGAUGUGUGUGGGAAGGACUUCAGUUAUAGUUCAAAUCUGAAACUGCAUCAAGUUAUUCACACUGGAGAAAAGCCAUAUAAAUGUGAGGAGUGCGGGAAGGGCUUCAGUUGGAGAUCAAAUCUUCAUGCUCAUCAGAGAGUCCACUCAGGAGAGAAACCCUAUAAAUGUGAGGAGUGUGAUAAGAGUUUCAGUCAGGCCAUAGAUUUUCGGGUACAUCAGAGAGUCCACACUGGAGAGAAACCAUACAAAUGUGGGGAGUGUGGUAAAGGCUUCAGUCAGUCCUCUGGUCUUCAGUCCCAUCAGAGAGUCCACACUGGGGAGAAGCCAUACAGAUGUGAUGUGUGUGGAAAGGGCUUCAGAUACAGUUCACAGUUUAUAUACCAUCAGAGAGGCCACACCGGAGAAAAACCUUACAAAUGUGAGGAGUGUGGGAAAGGCUUCGGGAGGAGCUUGAAUCUUCGCCAUCAUCAGAGGGUCCACACAGGAGAGAAGCCCCAUAAAUGUGAGGAGUGUGGGAAGGCCUUCAGUCUCCCCUCAAAUCUCAGAGUCCAUCUGAGUGUUCACACUAGAGAGAAACUGUUUAAGUGUGAGGAGUGUGGGAAGGGCUUCAGUCAGAGUUCACGUCUUCAAGCCCAUCAGCGAGUCCACACUGGAGAAAAACCAUACAAAUGUGAUGUGUGUGGUAAGGACUUCAGUCACCGUUCACGUCUUACGUACCAUCAGAAAGUCCACACCAGCAAGAAUGGAAGAGCUCCCGCCCUUGCCCCUCUCGGGGAUUCUGGGAAGUGUAGUCCAGGAGCGGCGUAUGGUCCGGGCACUUCCGCUACAGGAGGGCGAGGCCGCGGUCAUAAGCUCUGUCUGGGAGCCCUGCCUUCCCAGGACUCUGCCCUUCCCCAGAAGGAGCAGGAGAAAAUGACCAAGUUUCAGGAGGCAGUGACGUUCAAGGACGUGGCUGUGACCUUCACUGAGGAGGAGCUGGGUCUGCUGGAUUCUACCCAGAGGCAGCUGUACCGAGACGUGAUGCUGGAGAACUUCAGGAACCUGCUCUCAGUGGGAUAUCAGCCCUUCAAAUUAGACGUGAGAGCACAGUUGGGGAGGGAAGAGAAGCUUUGGGUGAUGGAGACAGAAACCCGAGGAGAUGGGUGUUCAGGACACAAGAAUCACCAUGAGCUAGAGACUCUUCAAGAAGUAGGAUUAAGAUACCUUUUACAUGAAGAUCUUAUGUUUUGGCAAAUAUGGGAACAAUUUACAAGUCAGUUAACCAGAAAUCAAGACUCUAUAAUAAAUCGGCAAGGCAAGAAGUCCAAGUCGCCAAAACAAGGUGAUUCCCUCUGUCAGGUGUGGGCAGGAGAAUCUACUCAGGUUUGUGAAGAUGAGAAGUACAGAAGAAAGCUUCAAGGGGAGAGUUCCAGUGGUAUCAAAAACCAAGAGUUUCCAGUUAAAACCACUUGGAAUUUCUGGAAGAGAAUGUAUCUGAGAGAGUCACAAAAUUAUCAGAGUAGGUGUCAGCAAAUUGACGUAAAAAAUAAACUGUGUAAAUGUGAUCAUUGUGUUACGAGAAGGAUCUCUCAUCACCAUGAUGAUCAGGAAGUACCCAAAAGAGAGAAGGCUUACAGCCACAAUAAUUGUGGAAAAGAGUUUGUGAAGAAAUCGUCUCAGCAGAGUAUAAUCCACGCAGGAGAGCAAACCUCUGAUGAGAAUGGAAAAGGCUUCAGCCUUGGCUCUAAUCUUGAACUUCAUCAUCAAUUGCAUGUAGGAGAGAAGCUCCAUGUAUGUAGUGAGUGUGCGAAGGGCGUCAGUUACAGCUCAGUGCUUCGCAUUCAUCAGAGUGUUCACACAGGAGAGAAAUGCAGUAGGAAUGAGGAGUGUGGUGUGGGCUUCAGCCAGAGCUCACAUCUGCGAACUCAUCAGAGAGUCAACCCAGGAGAGAAAGCCUACAUGUGUCAGGGGUGUGCUGAGAACUUCAAUCAGAACCCCCCUCUUCCCACUCAUGAGCCCACUCUCCCAGGAGAGAAUCUGUAUGGGUGUGACAGGUGUGGGAAGGGCUCCAGUCCUAGCUUAGAUCUUAACAUUCACUGUGUAGACAACACUGGAGAGAAAUCCUGGAAAUGUGAGAUGUGUGAUAAAGGCUUCAGUCAGAAAUCACAACUUCGAGCCCAUCUGAGUGCCCACCCUAGAGACAAAACCUACCAAUGGGAGGCCUGUGACAGGAUAUUUAAUCAGAAUUCUGGCCCUCAUCAGAGAGUUCACACUGGAGAGAAACCAUAUAAAUGUGAGGUAUGUGGUAAGGACUUCAGUAAGGCCUCAAAUCUUCAAGCCCAUCAGAGAAUCCACACUGGAGAGAAACCAUACAAAUGUGAUGUGUGCGAUAAGACCUUCAGCCGUAAUUCCCAUCUUCAGGCCCAUCAGAGAGUCCACACAGGAGAGAAACCCUACAAAUGUGACACAUGUGGGAAGGACUUCAGUCAGGUUUCCCAUCUUCAGGCCCAUCAGAGAGUCCACACAGGAGAGAAGCCAUACAAAUGUGAGACCUGUGGGAAGGGCUUUAGUCAGAGCUCACACCUUCAAGACCAUCAGCGAGUCCACACUGGAGAGAAACCCUACAAAUGUGAUGUGUGUGGGAAGGGCUUCAGUUGGAGCUCACACCUUCAAGCCCAUCAGAGGGUCCAUACAGGAGAGAAACCCUACAAAUGUGAAGAAUGUGGGAAAGGCUUCAUCUGGAACUCAUAUCUGCAUGUCCAUCAGAGGAUCCACACGGGGGAGAAACCCUAUAAAUGUGGCAUGUGUGGGAAGAGCUUCAGUCAGACCUCACAUCUUCAAGCCCAUCGGAGAGUCCAUACUGGAGAGAAGCCCUACAAAUGUUUUGACUGUGGUAAGGGCUUUAGUAAGAGUUCAUGUCUUCAGGUUCAUCAGAGGGUCCAUAAUGGUGAUAAAUCCAAUACACCUGAUGAGUGUGAUAAAGGUGUUCUUCAGAACUUAGGCUUCUCAUUUUCAUCAGAAAACCCACAUAGCAGAGAAUACUUAUAAAAUUGUUGUGUUUUAAGAAUUCAGGACUGAGCUGAGUUUUUUACAGUCAGCUGAAUGCCAUUGGAGGAAACCUAUUUGCGGUUGUUUCCGACAGAGCUGAAAAUGUCACAGUUCUUAAGAGAAUGCACAACAGAGAAAGCCUGCAAGAGUGGUACAAUAAGUUUGUCAGAACCUCCACAUUCCAUAGAAUCUACACUGGAGGGAGGCCUUAAAAAUGAUCAGGAAGAGCGGGACUUUAGCAAAAUAUAAUGAUGGAUGUGACAAAAUCCAUAUCCCCUGGAAUGUGAGCUCCAUGGGGGCAGGAAGUCUGUGUACUGCUGUAUGACCAGGUCCUUGAACCAGUGCCUAACAAAUAGUAGGUGCCCUGGAAUUGUCUAACUUGAUAGAGAGGAAAACCUAUUAUAAAUAGGACAAACAUUUUAAAUUUUUAGUGAGCUCAACCCCAGUUAGUCAUAAUAAAUUGUACUAGGAAAAGGAUUCUUGUAGGAAGCCUUAAAACUUAAUUCAAGGAAAUGAUAAUUUAAUAAAAAUAUAUAAAAUCAGGCAAUCUGCAGUUUGAGUGUAAGGUUUUUGCAGUUAGAUCCUGUCCUCUGCUCAGUUUCUUUUUUCAAGCAGUCAUGGGCUAAAGUUCUUAUCUUAUCAUUGAGACUUUCUCUGUGCAGUGUACCAUCAAUUGUGCGUCACAUAAGUUUUACUAUCUUUUUUGGGGGGGGGGGUCUUUUGUGACAGGAACAGACUGAAUGGAAAAAGAGAAACUUAUUUUUUUUUCUAAGGAUUUUAUUUAUUUUAUUUCUCCCCAAAGCCCCAGUAGAUAGUUGUAUGGCAUAGCUGCACAUCCUUCUAGUUGCUGUACGUGGGAUGUGGCCUCAGCAUGGCUGGAGA